AGAGCAUACUUGGCUGUCAUGUCUCAAACCAGAGUUAACCUCGGGUCACCGACUUUCCUCAAAUGCAAAACGGGGAGGAAUGAGAUUCAACCGGGCAGGAUUCUCUGCAGACAGUCCCCCUCAAGGCUGGUAGGGAUUGGUGAGAAGGAGUUCAGCUCACGAGACUUGCCCUGGCUGUGGGCCAUUGCCGGGCUGUCCUUGACCUCCUGAGCUGACAGAGGAUAGGGCCAGGGAAAUGAAAGUAAAACCUGACGUGGCCAGCGGGAAGUUGGCAACAGGUAGGUCACAUUCUUAGGGACUGACAGCCGCUGCGUCGACAGACGAUCCCGGGAAGAAGUGAAAGGAAGGGCAGGGGGAAGAGACAGAAGCGAGGAAAAACUGUGGUGAAGUGCUGGGGUUCCCGGGAACCCCGCGGCGCGUGCGCUACCAGGGGUCGGUGGUGCAGACACCCCAGCGCCUGGCUGAGGUUGCUGCGGUGACUGUCCCGCGGCCCAGAAGGCCCUAAAGCGGCCAGUUCGCCUAAGCGGCAGCCCUUUCAACAUUCGUGUCCCAAGCCCCUACCAGAACCAGAGCCUGGAAUCUGUCCCCCGCCCCAGGUGGAACUCAGCUCUCCUGUUGUAGGAAGAGUCCCCAGAAUAAGUAACACAGUGCGGCCAUUCCUCGCCCAGGUGCAAUGUCCACUGUUCAGCCUUGAGAGUGAAAAGUGGGUUGAGCCAGCAAGGCUCAGCCCAGACCUCGGAGUGGGCAAGGUCCGAGGGACCCAAUGCCCAGCCGACUUUGCGCUGGGUCUCAGAACACUUAAUGGCAGAUCAGGUAGGAAGCUUGGAGGUCUACCUGGGACGCUAGGAAAAGGGCAUGACUUGUCUGUAUCCAGAUCGCCAAGACUGAGGACUAGAAGCUGGGGUAGGCAAUGCCUUUAACUUUGGGACCUUCCAGGAAGGUGGUGGGUAGUGACACGGGAGACCUGCGUGUGGAGCUGCGCCUUGUAGCUCAGUUUGGCCCUAGAAGGGAAGUAAGUGAACUCAAGAAUCUGUGAGGAGCCAAACGUGUUCGAACUGAUUCAUCAUGAAUUAGCACAUAUCUCUGGGCGGGGGCCAGAGUUCUCCACUCCCCCUUGACGAGAAUGGUGACCCCCCUGCUCAAAGAAUUCAGGCCUUGGCACCCCAGGCUUUUGAGUUCGGACACUGGCUUCCCAACUUUAGAGCAAUAUCACUUCCCCUCUCUGAACUUCACUUUCGUACAAGAGAACCCCAGCUCCGGAGUGUGUGCAAAGAUCAGAAGAGGUUGGGAUCUGGCUGGGAUUUGCCGACGGUAAAGCGAUUAACAUACAUGAAGCAUUAGUGUGCUCCCUGUCAGUCACUCCUCACGUUUACAAUGGAUGAAUGAAGGCAGCCAGGCCAACCCGCAGGUUGUAACCUUAUAAGGCAUAAUAGUAUUACAAGGAGCAAAACAAAACUGUCUUCCUAGUUUUGGCUAUUCCUGUAUUUCCAAAUUGGAAUGUGAGUUCUGAAUCUUCAGAUAACUACCCUCUCCAAACCCCAAUUUUCAAUUCAGCUGUUCCCAGCUUUGUCCUAUUACGAAAUCUUACUUACUAGCCCAUCGAGAAACCCUUCAGUCUCAGUCAAGGGGUCUGAGCCUCAUCCUUCCGGGUGUACCCCGAGGGCAGGGUGUACCCCGAGGGUCGAGGCUCAGUCAGGUGCUAAGUCAGCAGGGGGCGCGGCCCAGUUGUUGUGUGUGGGGGGGGUGACGACCCAGCUCCCUAAAUCCAGGGUUUAGAUUAGUCAUGUGUCCCACCCGUCCCCAGGUUCUUACAGCUCAAUCCAGAAAGCUCGGAUUAGCAUACUGAACAGUAGAGGUUCUAGGAAAAAGAUAGCUCCCACCCCAAGUUGUUCGGGUCCUCUUUCCCGUCUCACUGUCUGAACCCUACGUCAGGAAAUUGGGGCAACGGAAGUCCCACACCAGUAUAAUCUCCCAGAGUAGAUCCCUGAGACCCCAGGCCACAAAGGACCUCUACACCUACCCCCAUACCCACGGGCAAAUUGCUGGGUUGAUCAGAUUAGAAGCAAACGCUCGGGAGGAAAGGGAGGGCUCCGGGGCAGAGCAGGCCCCGCCCCCCCCGAGCGCGUAUAAAGGGGCUGGAGCUGGCGCUGGCUGUUCAGUGGUUUCUUGGUGACGCUAAGCAGAACAGCUCCAGCGUUAACCGCUCCUGGAUUCUCACCGCUGUCAGUCUUGGACUUUGGGGUUUUGCCACUGUCAGAAGGACGUCUCGGACUUUCUUCUUCAAGUGCUUGAAAAAUCAUCCCUUCAGGAGGGUAUCUGAGCAUCGCCACAGAAUGAAGCUGGUUACUGUCACCCUGAUGUUCCUGGGUUCAUUCGCCUUCCUAGGCGCAGACACCGCACGGCUAGACGCAUCCUCGCAGUUCCGAAAGAAGUGGAAUAAGUGGGCGCUAAGUCAUGGGAAGAGGGAACUGCAAGUACCCAGCAGCUACCCCACGGGGCUCGCUGAUGAGAAGACGGUUCCUACUCAGACUCUAGCUCAGCUCCAGGACCAGGAGAGCACAUCUAGCACCCCACAAACCAGCACUCAGAGCGUAGCCCACAUUCGAGUCAAACGCUACCGCCAGAGCAUGAACCAGGGCUCCCGCAACUCUGGAUGCCGCUUUGGGACCUGCACAGUGCAGAAAUUAGCCCACCAGAUCUACCAGUUCACAGACAAAGACAAGGACGGCGUUGCCCCCAGGAGCAAGAUCAGUCCUCACGGCUACGGCCGCCGGCGCCGGCGUUCCCUGCCGGAGAUCCUCCUUGCCCGGACUGUGGUGUCCUCCCAGGAGCAGACAUACGCAGCCCCAGCCUCCCAGGCGCAAUCGAAUCACCUCCAGGCUCAUUAGGAUUUAGGUGCGGUGGCAGCAUUGAACAGUCGGGCGAGUGUCCCAUUGGCGCCUGCGGAAUCAGAGAGCUUCGCACCCAGGGCGGACUGAGACAAUCCUGCAGAGAUCUGCCUGGCUGCCCCCAGGGGAGGCAGAAGAACCCAAGAUCGAGCCAGGCUCACGACAGAAACUGAAAAUUACAGGCAUCACCCUUCGGGCAGGGGUCUGAGCCACUGCCUUGCCCGCUCACAAACUGGUUUCUCACGGGGCAUAAGCCCCAUUACUACUUGAACUUUCCAAAACCUAGCGAGGAAAAGUGCAAUGCUUGUUGUACAGCCAAAGGUAACUAUCAUAUUUAAGUUGUUGGUGUCAAGAGGUUUUUUUUUUGUAACUUCAAAUAUAUAGAGAUAUUUUUGUACGUUAUAUAUUCUAUUAAGGGCAUUUUAAAGCGAUUAUAUUGUCACCUUCCCCUAUUUUAAGACGUGAAUGUCUCAGCGAGGUGUAAGGUUGUUUGGUUCCGUGUGUGUGUAUGUGUGUGUGUGUGUAUGUGUGUGUGUGCAAGGUGGAGAGCGCCUGAUUACCGCCUGUGGAAGAAGAAAAAACAUUGUGUCUACGUAUAAUCUAUUUACAUAAAAUAUGUGAUCUGGGAAAAAGCAAACCAAUAAACUGUCUCAAUGCUGA